AAGCCGGGAAUCACAAGUCGAGUCGGGUUCGAGCUCAUCCCAAACGUCAAUACUUACCGAUUUCGGACCGGAUUCACAGACAUCGACGAAGUUGUUUCAUGGUCAUUCCGAUGUAUACGAACACCAAACCACCCACACCUUGCGACUACCGAAUGAGGAAAGAUCGAAGGAAGAUCUCUUCAUUUUUCCACGAUGACUUCGAACGUCAAAGCCGUCCUGUUCCCGCCAGUUAAGGUUGUUCGAUGUCAGUAAAGUUUGCGAUCUCGCCGACAUUUCUGCGCAUCCACACAUAUCGGUCGCCUGUCGUGUACGACUCGAGUUUGGAGAUGGCGGCUCCGUCGGAACGAGUUACUCCUAUACGAACACGUUCGAGCUUGUUGCGUUCAUGCACGGCUGGGAGAGGUGUAAAGAGUGACGCGGAUAUGAAUAGGAGAGAAAAUUCUCAAACGAAAGAUUCCCGUUCGUACCCGUUGGAGAACCAUAGGAUGAUGUUGGAUGACUUCCAUCCGGCCAUCGCUGCAGACAAUCUAAGACUGCGAUUUCGAUGCUUGCCACCUCCUGAAGUCCCAAAUUCCAACGUUUCAGGAGUGCUUGCCUGGAUUGUCGCGAUGUAUGAUGCUGUAGACUUUCGAGAUGUCGUGCAUGUCCAUCGAAAGAUACGCUGGAUCAACACAUACCCUUUCGAACGAGACUUCGUGAUACUCAUACCAUGUCUGCUAGCAGCAGUCACAGGUUUUGCUCACGCACUUUGGAAAAGAGAAAGACAGAGUAAUGUGAGAGUAAAGAUGAUACUGAUACAAUAAGAAAUAUGCGCGCUGCUAGGGGGGUAUAUACUGUCGUGGAUCAAACGCCUCAAGCGCCUGCUGUACAAUAAAAUCACAAAUCUGUCGUAAAUGUUCGUGUUCUCAUAGUUCUUGGAGCAUGGCCGAGCAUAUCCAGAACAUUUUACAGACCAAGGAAAAGUUCCGAAACAUGGUGGCAUCGCCUGACCACCUUACACACGGAGAUUCGAUGCAAUGAGCUCUGCAUCCUCUGCGUGAGAGCUGUGUCGUCGUCUUUUUUGUUCCUUGAGCUCAUGCUCGACGUCCAUCAAUCGUGUUGCGACCCAUGAUCUCAUUCUAGGGUCGUUCUU